CUUCGCAUGAGGGAAGGCAGAAUCUGUUGGUCAAUCGGGCGCCGCGCACCGUAGCAGCGACGCGUCACUGCACCCCCGUUAAGUCGCACGUGCUCAAUAUUCAAUCGUAUCGCUUUUUGUUACAACAUAACGACGAGAGGACAAGCCUGGCGGCUUAACCAGGCGAGAGGAAAAAAACACACGCAGUGGCCAAUAUAUAUUAAAUAGCCCUGUUUUCAGCCAGCAUUGCGCCAGUGUUUAUAUUAUAUAUUGUGUCACGCUCGAUUGGAACGGAAGUCGACUCUCUUUUUUUUUAUCACUUGAUGCCGGGAUUUUUUUUUUUUUUUUGGAAAAUAAGAGAGAGACUAUAUAUUUACUACUGUGAUCAGUGAUAAGUGAUCCGGGAAAAAGGCAAUAUAUUUAGAAAAAUAGGCUUUUAAAUCAAAUUACUGGAUCGUGUCUAUAAAACUGUUUUUUCUCCUGCUGAGAGAGAAAGAGAGAGAGAGAGGAUCUGUUUAAUAAGUGAAGUCGCGGAUAGUGAUUUUAGCUGGUGCCAGGAUCCGGCCUGACCACGGCCAUUCUCGACACGCACUGUGUUAGCGUGGCCGGAGGUGGCGGCACCGGCGGCGGUGGCGGCGGCGGUAGCAGUGGCCGCCUGAGUCUUCACCUACGUCCGUGCGGUGGCAGCGGCGGCGUUGUCGGUGGUGAUUCGACCGUUUCGGAUUACCCGCCAAGCGCUGCGGCAGUGCGGAAUCGAGAGGCGGCGGCGGCGGCGCUGCACGCGGCAAGGACACUGUUGGGCGCGGGGGUGGCCAACCCUUGCUCGCCCACCCCCGAGCCGCCCUUCUGGAAAAUGCCUCACAAAGAGGAUGACUUGAUGCACGGGGGUGGAGUGGGUCUUGGAGGGGGUUCUAUGGUCGGACAGAACAUAUUUGGAUGCUCGGCUGCAGGACAUAGUGGUGUCAACCAACUUGGAGGUGUUUAUGUCAAUGGACGGCCAUUGCCCGAUUCCACGAGGCAGAAAAUUGUCGAAUUGGCACACAGUGGCGCAAGACCUUGUGAUAUAUCACGAAUUCUUCAAGUCAGCAACGGAUGUGUCUCGAAAAUUCUUGGAAGAUACUACGAAACGGGUUCGAUAAAGCCACGAGCAAUUGGCGGUAGUAAACCACGAGUCGCGACAACACCAGUCGUCAAUAAAAUUGCUGACUACAAACGCGAGUGUCCUUCAAUCUUUGCCUGGGAGAUUCGGGAUCGAUUGCUUCAGGAAGGUGUCUGCAACAAUGACAACAUACCAAGUGUGUCAUCUAUAAACAGGGUGCUGAGGAACUUGGCUUCGCAGAAGGAGCAACAGGCAGCGGUACAGGCACAUCAAGGCGCUGAAAGCGUCUACGACAAGUUGAGGAUGUUCAAUGGACAAGCUGCAGGAUGGCCACCCGCAUGGUAUUCAGCGACGCCAUCGCAUCAUCCCCUUACCACUGGAAUUCCAACGUCUGCAACCCCUGGCUCGGGGCAGUCACUUUUACCCGGUGGUCAACUACACGGACGCGAUGAUUCCCUUCUGAAGAGAAGUGAAACUGGCUCCCUACUUUCCCAUCAACAGGAAACUACGUCUGAUGGUAAUUCCGAGCAUAAUUCAUCGGGCGAUGAAGAUUCCCAAGUACGAUUGAGGCUUAAACGAAAAUUACAACGGAAUCGAACAUCAUUUUCGAAUGAGCAAAUCGAUAGUCUUGAAAAAGAAUUCGAGAGGACACAUUAUCCGGACGUGUUUGCACGGGAGCGUCUCGCCGAGAAGAUUGGAUUGCCUGAGGCACGUAUCCAGGUCUGGUUUAGUAAUCGCAGGGCGAAAUGGCGACGGGAGGAAAAAUUACGUAAUCAAAGAAGAGCAGCAGUGGAUCAGGUGGUUGGUGGUGGUACCGGAGGUAGUAGUACAGGUUCAGCGCCUCCUGCAGCAACGCCAUCGACGCCAAGGCUACCACUGAAUGCAGGCUUCAAUGCAAUGUACUCCUCUAUUCCACAGCCAAUUGCCACCAUGCCCGACACAUACAGGUACUCCUCCAUUCCACAGCCGAUUGCCACUCUGCCCGACUCUUACAGUUCAAUGUCGAGCAGUUUGGGCGGGUCAAUGGGUGGUAGCUGCCUUCAACAAAGGGCUGAAGGUUAUCCCGCAUACGUUUUUCACGAGCCUCUACAUUCCCUUACGCAAUCUUACUCACAUGCACAUAGUACGGCUGCGCAUUCACAAACUCAUCGUGGAAUACCAACCUCCCAUGGUGGAACCCCCACUACGCCAGGGGGUCAGCCAGCAGGACCAGGCGGAGCACCCUAUCAACCCACGACCUCAACCGCAACUGGUGUGAUAUCAGCAGGUGUCUCAGUGCCAGUGCAGAUUCCCUCUCAGACACCAGACCUCACGGGUAAUUAUUGGCCGAGGCUUCAGUGAUCCCAGCUCUUCGGGUUCCCGCCGGCGAGUUUGCUCGUUGGCCAGGAGAGCCCGCCACCGCCACCUCCGGCAUCAUCAGCUGUAUCGCGACCGCUACUCGCCUCACUCGGGAUACCAACACAAGUUGCGCAACAUCAUCAAACUACAAGCAACACCCCUGCAACAACACCGGUGCACAAUUCUGACGCCAGUGAGUGAAUAUCAUCAAAAAAAAAAAAAAAAAAAAUGAAAAGAAAACCGCAACGAAAAGAACCGAAACUAGCCUUCGCUAUAUUUAUUUCAUUUUUUCCGGGACAACCCAAAGAAUUGACUUUACAUUCCUUCAUUUUUUUCUAUACACACACACAUAUAUAUACGAAUAUAUAAAGAAUUUUUCAUUUAUUGAUCUAGUAAUAGUUCCCUGUUAUGAGAAAAAAAAAAAAAUGUCAUUGAUUUUUGGGCAACUUUUUUUGCACAUUGAGUCGUUGCCCAAUUGUGAUAUACUUAUAUAAAAGACCAAAACUAGAAAUCCUUGUAUAGACGAUGACAACCCGGAUCAAGCAGGGUAAAUCUUGAUAUACACAGAAAAAAAUCCGUUUUAUACUUUUCAUAAACAUAAACAUUUCAUUUUAUACUUUUCAUAUAGGAAUUUAUUGGUUUUUUUUCUGUUUCUAACCCUGGCGAGACAGUGAGAGACUUUCUAACUACAAUUUUUUUUAGUUCGAUGAGUGUUUAGCCAGGGGUCUCUGAUUAUCCUCUCUCGAAAAAUGUUCCCUUGACGAUUCAAACUAUUGAAAAAUAACUAUUUUUAUUUAUUAUUAUUUUAUUUAUUAAUUAUCUUUUUUUAACGUUAUAAUUAUCCCGUAUAGACAAAAUUAACGGAAUUUAAAGAGCGAUUUUGAUAGGGGAUAAAAAAAAUUAUUUAUUUGGAAACAUAACGGGACAUGCCAUUUCGUAAAAAAAUACUCCUAAAUCUAAAAAUUACAAUAAUUGAUUUGACUAAAUCUAGGUUGCCGCACUUUAGUAAUAAUAUGUUUUAGUUCGAAUUAAAUAUUAUAUUUCGUAUUAUGAUGAUGUGAACCUUGUGGUAUUGAAAAUAAUUUUAAUCGGAAGAAAAAUAAAAAAAAAUUUCUGUACUUUUAGCACUUUGAAUGCCAGUUAAAUAAUUUUUUUGCAGUAUUUUGAACUGAAAGUACUAACACAUUACGAAUUUUAGGUUAUGUUGCGUUCGCGAAACCAAAUAUAUUAGGCUGUGUUCACAAUAGGCUUUUCGGUUUCCAUCAUCCCCACUCGCCAUUUGUCAUAAUUCUCGCAUUAACUACCGCACCUUGCUCUAUAGUGAAAAUUUAGUAACUUUUAAUUUUAACAAUAAAGUUACUAAAUUUUCACUACAGCAGGGUGCAGUAGUUGACGAGAAUUAUGACAAAUGACGAGGGGGUGACAAUAAAAACCAACCUGUUAUGUUAUAAAAUAACGUAUACAAUAAAAUUCAUUAGGAUACGUCUUUUUUUUAGUUCUUAUGUUGAAAUAAAAAUACAAUAAAAAUUUAUUAUUUUCUUAUGUUAUGUUUAACAUAAAGUCAUAAAAAGAGACUAUUAUGGAUAUAGUUUUAGAAAUUAAUUUAUAAUAAUGUUAUAUUGUGCAGUUCUUGUCAUAAGGUGCCUAUUGUGAACUCAGCUUUGCGUGUACUACAAAAGUAGAAUUAUUACGGAAAUAACAUAUUACAGAGAUUUAGAAUUUUACUUCUAGGUUAUGUUUUUGGAAUUUCUUGACAGAAUUCAGAUUAUUUAUAUGUUUCAAAUCGAAUUAUUGUUUUAACUGUAGGUGCGUAUCAUAAAUAUCAAAAAUUUUCUUUCAAAAUUAAAUCAGAUGAUUAAAUAUGCAAUUUUAGUACUUUUAAUAAUAAUAUUAGUAAUUAUUAUCAAUUAAUAGUAAUUAAAAACGGUAACAUUUUGCCACAAUGGACUUUUACUAAGCAUAACAUAACCUCGAAUUUGCACUGUCACAGUAAAGGCCAACGCACAAUAGUUUCGCAAACGGUUGGUUUCCAUUGUCCCCACUCGCCAUUUGUCAUAUAAUUAUCGUCAACUACCGCACUCUGCUCUAGUAAAAAUUUAGUAACUUUAUAUAGUAAUUUUUAAUUUUAACAAAAAAGUUACUAAAUUUUUACUAGAGCAGGGUGCGGUAGUUAAAAUUGAGAAUUAUGACAAAUGGCGAGUGGGGACAAUGGAAACCAAUCGAACGUGCUGCAUGAGAUAGAAAAGGAUACGAAUAUAUCUCUAUCUUUUUCUAACUCAUUUCACUUUUGCGAAACUAUUGUGCAAUGUACAAUAGUUUAAAGUUCUUGUAACUAUUGUACUUAGGGCUUAAUUAAAGUAAAUAGUACAGAAUAAGCAAGGUUGGGUUGACAAUAUGAUAAAAUUUUCUGAUUGGCCAACUAAUAUUCCUGGAAAUAUUAUCAACCAAUUAUGAAGCGUUCGGAGUGACAUAACCUCUAUUACUUAUCCACAAGACUUUAUUUAUUUUAUAAAUCAUUUAAAAAAAAUUCUCCUUAUUAAAAUUUUUAUUCAAAAAAAAAAAUAUAUAUAUUAUUAAACCAAAAAGAAAAAACAACUAAUAAUGAAUAAUUCGAAAUUAAAAAAAGUAUCAAUUUUUUCGGAUUUACAUAAAUUGUAGUGUUUUUUAUUUCAUUUUUUUUUUUUUUUUUUUGAACCCAUCGUAAAUUAUUCUUUGUGGAAUAAUAGCGACCCUCGCGAUUCCAUCCUUUUCCAUUAUGCAUAGUCGAUGAAUUGAGGAAAAGCACAAGUCACAGUCAAGAGACGAAAAGAUCGAUUCCUCCCAGUGAAUCUGAUGGGAGAGAGAUAGAGAGACAGAGAGAGGGGGAGGGAGAGCGCUAUAUGGUAAUUGAGGGUGAUUCGUAGAUACCCAAGAAUUCUCCGUCAAGAAUAUUCUCGCGAGGCUUCCUGUCGGGAAAGACUCUCUCUCUCUAUCUCUCUCUCGAAGGAUGAGCCUCAAGCGCGCGUUUUCGGAAUGGGGAGGGACAUUUGCGAAUGCAAGGGGGUUGAUAGCAAGCAAUGUCGAGGGUGAUUUUCUCCUCGUCGGCCAUCGCGCUUCUCCACAAGAUAUGGCGACCCAUGCAAUUCCCUCGUGAACCAAAAUAAUACAAAAAAAAAAUAAAAAAAUUAUCAAAAUAUUUUUCUUUCUAUCGCGCAAUUUACAAGUUGAAAAUAUUUUUACAAAUAUUUGGAUCGUCAUGGGAAAUAAUUUUCUUUUUACUAUUUCUAAACAAAAACUAUAUUUUUUUUGAGGUUAUGUUAUCUUUAUAGAAAUACUAAACAAACAUGUAAAACUGGUGUUAUACUUUAACGAUAAAAAGAAAAGAAUUGUUUGAAUUUUUUUUCACUUCUCGGGAGGAUUGAUUUUUUUUUUUAAUUUAUAUUUUAUUAUCUGUAUUGAAAUGGUAAACUUAAAAAUUUCGUGACUUCUUCGAUUCGAUGAGAAUGGAAUAUUUGGACAUUGUAACAAUUUUGGUGGGUUUUAAAAUAAAAUAUUUGAUAUUGCAUAUUCUUUAAAAAAUGUUUCUUUAAAUCAAAGAAAUAUUUAAAGAAAUAUUUUUCUGUAAUUAAGGUACGUUCACAAUAAAAAUCUCUAAUCGAAAUCCAAAGAAAUAUAUUUCUUUGUUUCAAAGAAAAAUUUUUCUGCGGGUACAAUUAAGGUCCGUUCAUACAAUAUUGGAAUUACAACAUAAUUAAUUUUUUUUCGCACAUUUAUAAAUAUUACAAUGUCCAAAUUUUCAAUAUUCAUUCGAUCGGAACUACAAGUCAAUAUAUACAAAUCGAUUUUGAUAUAUAUCGCACAAUAUCGAUAUUUUCAAAUCGAUAUUACUAGGUAUAUUUAUUAUGGACUUAAAAAAAAAAGAAAUGAAACUAGACCAAUGCUGCCCUUACAUAACUUGUAUAUUCAUUAAUUGCGUAAGCGCAAUCAAAGAGUCAAAAGAAGGUAAUUAUUUCGAAAAAGAAGAAAAAAAAAAGUAAUAAAGCGUCACUUUCGAAUUUUUCUUUUCGAAUAUAUAUAAAAUAUAUAUAUAUAUAUAUAUAUAUAUUAUGAAUGAGUAUAUAGGAGAAAAGUCGUUGACGCUUUCUCAGAAAUCUUUUGUGUAAAAAAUAUUGUAAAAUAGUACAAUUGUUACUCUUGUUAGUUGAUAGUGUAAAUUAGAAGCAUUUGCUAAUUGUAAAUAAAAAAAAAGCGGAUUAAUAUUUGGACAUACGUUUGCAUUAAAAAUAUAGUCCUUAAUUUACGAAUUUUUAAAAUUCUACCAAUUUUUCUCUAUAAGAAUCUUUUUUUUAUUAAAAAUAUAUAUAUCGAAUUAUUGAUUUGAAAUUUAUUACCAAUUUAUUAUAAUAAUAUUAUUAUUAUUAUAAUUAUAAUAUAAUAUAUUUAUAUUAAUUUCGAAUCGAUAAAUUUUUGAUGAAAAAUUUUAAGAUAUCGUAAAAUAAGGACUAUGUAUAUGUAGAUUAUAUACAUAAAUUUAAUGUGUAUUCAAUGUUUUUCCUACAUGACAAAACGAAUUAGUCACUCGAGAAGCAAACGGUACCAAUCAAUUUAUAUAUCAUCACGAAUAAACGAUCCGAGCCUACAUUUAUACGCAUCGUUUCUUCGCUUAUAACAGAAUUAUUAAACACUACAUAGCACAGGUUUGCUUAUUGAGCCGUCGUCGUCGUCGUUAACAGAUCUCGGAAUUAUUAUUGAAAUUGACAGAAUUUUAAUUUUAACAGCAGCAUAAAAAUUUGAAAUCGGACUAGGGUCGAUUUUUUAAAAAUAUAUUUAAAAACGCACGUGAAAAAAAUGACGCUAGUCCGCGCAUUGUUAACAGAUUUUUUUUCAAAUAUGUACAAAAAAAAAAAAUGUUGUUUUUUUAUAAUUUCAAUAAUUUGUAUAUUAUAUAGUUUCAAAUAAAAUAUAUUUUGAUAAACUAAAAUAAAAUUACAAAACGGUUUAGAUUUUUAGAAAAAAAAAAUAAUUUAAAGAUAAAAAAUUUUAAUUUCAAAAACGAAUUUUUUCAAAUUCUAUAUAUGCAAUAAAAAUUGUGACAUGAAUAAAUUUUUUGCAUUUAUAAAACAUAAUUAUUCUCGAAAAUAAUUUAUUCAUUUUUAAAAUGUAUAUUUUUUAAAAUUUUGUUGAAAUUAGAUAAUAAGUUAUUUUUUAUAUAAAAAUAAGUGUUAUUGUAUAAUUUGAGUUAUUUGAAUUUUUUUUUGAUAUUUACGCAUGUAUAUAUAUAUUUUAUCGUUUUGUUGAAUCAAGAAAAUUCCGAGAUCUGCAUACAUAAAAUAUUCCAAAGUUUACCCGCAGCAAUUAUUAAUAGAUUGACAGAGCCAUAAUCCAAUCACUUUCAUGUCAUAUGCAAUUAUACCGACACACACAGAUGCAUCAUAGAGAAAGCUUUAUCACACAUUAAUGCCAAUGGUUAUAUAUAGCCGUACGCAAUCACUGUAAUAAAUGUAGGUGACGACUAUAAAAUUCGUCCUUUUGUCACAGCCGAUAUAGAAUAUAUAAUUAUAUACAAAAAAAAAAAACCGAUAUUGUUGUGUUGAAAAAAUGCGCACCGCGCUCUUUUAAAAAAAUGUCGAAAGAAAUUCUCAGUGUAUAAAUAUAAUAAAAAGAAAAAAAUGCGUCUAUUAUAUUUUACGUUUUAUUUUUCUAUUUUUGUUUAAUUUAUUUCAAAAAAAAAAAAAAAUUUCUAUUCAUUUAACGAUAUAUUUAUCAUAACGAUAUAUCGAUAAAUUUCACGUCGAUAUAUCGAAAAUUUUUCAUCGAUAUAUUGAAUCAUUAUGGAUACUUUAAUAUCGAUCUAUCGAUACUUCAAUAUCGAUUAAUCGAUCUUUUUUAUUUUUGAUACUUUUUAUAUCGAUAUAUUAUUAUCGCUCCUAUUUAUUUAUCAAUUUGUUAAUAUCGAUCUAUCGAUACUUUAAUUUUCGACUUAUCGAUACUGUAAUGUCGUUAUUUUGUUACAUUUCAAUCGAAUUAUCGAUUAGUCCAUAUCGAUACUAUAUUAUCGAUAUAUCGAUACUUCAGAUAUCGAUAUAUUGAUAAUUUACUAUCGAUGUAUCGUUUUUAUAAAUAUCGAGUUAUCAAAAAUUUACUAUCGAUCUAUCGAUACUUUAAAUAUCGACUUCUCGAUACUGCAAUAUCGAUAUAUUGAUAUAUUAUUUAAAAAUCCAAUUAUCGAUUAGUUCAUAUCAAUAUUACUUUAUUGUCGAUGUUUCGAUACUUCAAAUAUCGAUAUUUUACUAUCAAUCAGUCGUUCAAGUAUCGACUUAUCGAUAUAAGACUGACAAUAAUAUAUCGAUAUAUUGUUAUUUUAUUAUUUAACUAUUGAUACUGUGAUAAUAAUAUUUCCAUAACAAUUUAUCGAUAUAUCGACAUUACAAAUAUCGAUAAAUAUCGACUUAUCGAUACUAUAAUGUUGAUACAUCGAUAAAUUGUUAUGGGAACAUUAUUAUCGCAGUAUCGAUAUACUUAAAAUAUCAACUUUUUGAUAAUUUACUAUCGAUUCAUCGAUACUUUCAAUAUCGACUUAUCGAUAUUCUGUCGAUCUAUCGACAUAUUGUUACCUUAGUAUUAAACUAUCGAUUCGAUAAUAUCUAACUAUCGAUACAAUUUAAAUAGAAAUCGAUGUAUCGAUUUAUCGAUACAGGACAAUCGAUAUAUAUCGAAAUAUUGUUGUUUUAGUAUCGAGCUAUCGAUCUAUCAUCAAAUAAAUUCAAUAUUGCACAAGAAAAUUUAUAAUUUAGCGAUUUUUCUACUUAAUCACCAACAAAAGAAAAUUACAUUACAAUUAGUCAAAAAAAUUAACAAAUAAAAGUAAAGAAAAUUUUAAUUUUACAAUGUAAAAUAAUAAUUAAUAAAAAUUACUCUAUUAUUAUUAUUACUAAAUAAUAAUAUAGUAAUAAAAAAUAAAUAGUUUCAGUAAUAAUUUAACGCAUAUAAUAAAUGUCAACAUAAGACAAAAUUUGAAAUUAAAUUAAUAAUACGUAAUUUUUUAACAUGAUAUUUGUCGCCCAAGUAAAGUGUUAGAAUAUAUAUACAUUUAUAUAUAAUUUCUUUGACGGGAAUAAUUUUAGUGCGGUUGAAAGGGAAAUGCGAGAAGUUCAUGUUGAGAAACUAUUUGGCGAAGAUCUUGAGAGUGUCGCAUCUUUGCCUUCGGCUCCUUGAGCACCAGCUCACCGAGAAUUUCAGAUGAAGACAUGUACUUAAUUUCAAACCACCCCUUUCCCCCCUCCCCUUUCCAUACAGUCGACGCGUUAACGUCUCGUUAACCGCGAUAAUUAGAAAGGGCUUUUGUGCGACAUUCAUUACGUAAAUUAUCCUAGCGUGUAUUCAUCUCUCUCUCUCUCUCUCUCUCUCUUUCUCUCUCUGUCCCUCUCUCUUCAAAUGCAAUUGACAAUUUUCCUAUUGGACCUCUUUUUCUCAUUUUUUUUUCUUUUUUUUUGGGUUUUAUUUUAUUUUUUUCCCCCUUAUAUAUAUAUAUAUAUUCUCUCUCGUCAAAGAAAGUAAAAGGAUUCGAUUUUAUGCGCUUGGCAGACACAUAAUCGAUGCACGUAUAAGAGUUUCUUCGGAUACCCUCUUUAGCGAUUUUUUCACGCUCCAUUAUGCUACUAAAUCAUCUACAACCAUUUAUAUAUUUAUUUCGAUGUUUUUUAAAAAAAAAUAAGUCUUAAAGAUUUAGUUUUUUUUUUGUUGCAAAAAAAAUUGUAUAGUUUAUUUAAUUAUUUUUUUUUUAUAAUUUUUGCAAAAUUUUUAAAUAUUAUUUUUCAAUUUUAAUAAAAACUUCCAAUGUUUCUAUAUAUGGAAGAUAAAAGAAUUUGAUUCUUACAUAGAAAUUUUUUGAGUCCUUAAUUAUGGAUUUUAAAGUUAGUUAUCAAAAAUUGAAAAUAAAUUUAAAACUUUUUUUUAAUUUUUAUAAAACAGAUUUUGGAUUUUUGAAAACUAAUUUCAAAUUCAUAACUAUAGCGACAACAAAAAUUCCCAGAUACCAAAUUUAGAAAAAUUAAACAAUUUUCUAAAAAGUUCUUCGCCAAUAUUGGAUCCGACAUUUUGAAUUUUUUUUAUAUCUGACUUCAAAUUCGUAUAAUCAAUGAAGAGAUCAUUAAAUUUUUUUUUUCUAACAUUCUAUUAUUUAUAUAUCAUAAAAAAAUAGUCAUUUAUACAGAAAAUACAUAGAUUUUUGUUUUGAAAAAAAAAAAAUUUAAGUAAAUAAAAAAUUAUUGAUAUAUAAUAUACUUUACACUGAGAUUUCUUUCUACGUUGAAAAUGAGCACCGACUUAUUUCUCAUACUGUAAUAGCGAUUAAUAUGGAAAAAAAAAUAAAUACCAAUACAAUACAAUACCGUGUACGAUUAUAAAUGAAUUAUUAACACGAGACUAAAAAAAAUAUAUAUAUAAAUACAAAAUGCGGCAGUAAUCUGUAUGUAAGUGUUGUGAAUAAUGAGAUAAUAUUGUUGCUGUGAUUACCUCUAAGAUUGUAAGUAAAUAAGUAGCUGAUAUAGAGCAACUGUUAGGUGUCACUGUCUCAAUUCAAUAAAUGUUAUUUCAUUUUACAAAA